AUGGGAGGUGAAAGGAAAAGGGGGCGCAAGAUAUUGUGUAAAAGACGUAAACUUUUACCAACAGAGGUGGACUUACCACCAGAGUUGUGGAGAGAGGUAAUGGUGAGAUUGCCGGCAAAAACCCUAGUAAGAUUCAGGAGUGUAUGUAAGGCUUGGUGCUCUAUGAUCGAUGAACCUGAUUUCCUUUCGAUGCAUCUUAGUGUUUACAAGAAUAAUGUAGACAAGAAUCGUUUACUAGUCAUGGAGUAUUCGAAGUCUAGAUACCUAUUUGGAUUUCGUCUAAAUUCAAAGUCUACAUCAACUACACAAUUUUGGAGCACAACAUUUCUACCUCUUGGGCAUUGUAAUGGUUUGGUUUUGCUGAAAGAACGAGAUUCUACUUCAGAUGCAUAUGAAUUAUUCUCUGGGCCACAUCCGUCAUAUAAGAAGCUUUUCUAUAAUAAGAAGAGAGAGGAUGUUAAGGGCUUAACGCCAAACUUUGUUACAUUCGCCAUCAGAUCGAGCUACUUAAGAAGCUUUAAAUGGCUACUUCGGAGAUCAACCGAGUUGACGGAUACUGGUUCAUAUUAA